GGUCAAUAUCCACUCUAGUAAAUCAUCCAAUGUAAUCACUACAGGGGACAGAAAUGUGCAGUCUUACUUGGACUCGAACCAGGGACCUUCAGUAUACCAUUCCAAAGCUCAGCUGACUUAGCUAUAUGGCUUCUUAAACAUCUUGCAUUAUACCAUCAGUGGUCCAGUUUCGACACGUCACAUUCAAUGUCAUUUUUCUAGAAAACCAUCAUUUCAUCAGUGUUCAUAAGAAAAUGAGCUGCCAACAGAUUCAAAUGUCAGAAAUUUUUCAAUGGAAACGGCAUUGAAGAAAUCAGAACUGGUCCUGUAUCGGAACUAGUUACUUGACUAUGUUACCAUGAUGUUCAUUAUAAAAACUGCAAAAGGAUAACAGCUUCAGAUCUUCAGCUGACAAAAAGUUAUUCCAAAAUCUUGUUCCUAGGUCUCUCCUUAUUAAUUCAUUAGUAAAAGUUGCUAAGCAACAACAACAAAAAUGCAUAUUUGUGUCAUUGUAUAAAAUUGAAAAGCUUACAAUUAAUAACUUACUAGUAACUACGCAUCAAAAUGGUUUGAUAUCAUAACUAUUUGAGUGUCAAUUGAGUUGAUCUAAAAGUGGCCUUAAAAUGGCGAGCUCUGAAAUAGUAAAACUGAAUGUAGGUGGUGUUGUUUACACGACGACGACUUCUACCUUGUGUAAAUACCCAAACUCUAUGCUUGGAGCCAUGUUUAAUGGAAGCAUGUCGACAAACCUGGAUGAAAAUGGUUGUGUUUUUAUAGACCGAGAUGGAGAAUUGUUUAAAUACAUUUUAAAUUAUUUACGCUCAUCAAGGCUUGCGCUACCCUGUGAUUUUAAAGAUCUGGAUCAGUUGACUGUUGAAGCUGAUUUCUAUCAGAUCACAUCAUUAAUUGAACAUAUUGAAAUGUUAAGACUUCCUGUGCCUGAAAAACGUAUACGCAUGAGAUAUCUCGAAGUGAUCGAGGUGCGUACAGGUAACCUAGCAACCAUGCCUACUAUGAAUUCUCGAAUAAAGACGAUUAUAUCGGGGCGCAGAGAUAUUAUACACAAAUAUUUAUCCUUGCAUCAGAUUCACCCAGCUGAACGUGAACGUUUACAACUGAACACCGGGAAAGACUUUACGGAAAUCGCUCUCACCGGAAGUAAUGUACGCCUACAAGUCGGAGAGUGUUUACGCAAUCAAGGUUGGGAGCUGGCAGAAUCUCAGAUGUCAACAUUUCCAUCAGGGGAAGCAAUUGCGCAUAACUACAAAGAUAGAUGGAGUCUUGCUCAGAUCAAGGGAGAUCAAUCUCUUGAAGAGUCGCAAUGUAAUGGAAUUGAUGAUGAAACUUUAGAAGAAAUUUCGUUACUAAGCAAUGAAGGAGAGUAGUGAAAGCCUGUUUUUAAAUCAAAUAUUGUAAUUAUUUACAGAAGAACAAAAA